GAAGUGAGAUCUAAUGGAUAAAACCCAGUGUUGUAACUGAUUUCUUCUGCUUGCUUCAAGGUAUAGAGGUGAUGAAGUAUGUUGCAAACUGGUAGUGUAGAUUGUCCAGUUUGUGGGCGCUCGUUUGCGGCUUCGUAUGUGAACGAGCACGUAAAUAAGUGUCUGAACAGUCAAGAUGCUGGAUUGCAAAGCAAUGGAGGCAGUGGUCAACAUGAAAAGGACGUCUCGGGAAUCAGUUUUCUCAAAGGGAAAACUAAAUCUUCGGAUAGCUCAACAAUGAAAGAGGGUACAAAAAAUGAAAACGCCUCCAACAGCUGGUUUAGUAAUACUAGUCCUCCGACAAACGCUUUGAAAAGGAACUCUUCCAGUUUGGCGGGAAAAUCAAGUACAGAUUCCCCUUUGAAGAGGUUAAAGUUGCACAAAAAUGGUCAAGAAUCGCAAAAUAGAGGACACUCCUCUUCAGUAACAAAGGAGCCCCUUUCUCUCCAACACUCAGAUUCACCAACUCUUGACAAAAAGAAAGGCAUAGGAAACAAAAAAGAGGAAAAAUCGAGAAGCAGUCAAUUUACUCCAUUAACUGAGAGAAUGCGGCCCAAAACAUUGGCAGACUAUGUCGGCCAGUCCCAGGUUCUUGGAGACAACAGUCUAUUGAGGACUUUACUGGAGGCUGAUGAAAUUCCAUCCAUGAUCUUUUGGGGACCCCCUGGCUGUGGAAAGACCACCUUGGCUCACAUUAUAGCCAAUUCUGCCAGAAUCAAUGGCAAGGCAAGAUUUGUGCAAUUGUCUGCUACCACCAGUGGUAUAAAUGACGUCAAGGAAGUUGUUAAAGUGGCUAGGAAUGAACAGCAAAUGUUCAAGCGCAAGACAAUCUUGUUUGUGGAUGAGAUACACAGAUUCAAUAAGCUGCAGCAAGACACAUUUCUUCCACAUGUUGAAAAUGGUACCAUUACAUUGAUCGGAGCAACUACAGAGAAUCCUUCAUUCCAGCUUAACAAUGCACUUCUUAGUCGCUGUAGAGUUAUUGUCCUAGAGAAGCUUACUGUAGAUCAUGUGGAACAAAUAUUAAGAAAUGCUGUGAACUCUCUUGGAAUGCUAGUUGGUUCAAGGGACUCACCUGAAACAAACAAGAGACAUGUCUCAUCAGAUGGUGAUUUGGUUGUGGUUAUUGAAGAAAAAGCUAUCACAACUCUAGCCAACUUGUGUGAUGGCGAUGCAAGGAUUGCCCUCAAUGGUCUUCAACUUGCAAUUCAGUCACAAGUGGCGGCAGUAAAACAAAAACCAAAGAGACAAGACACAAAAGAACUAAAGAGCUCUCCAUUAUUGCAACAAAACAGUUCACCCAACAGAGAUGCUGAUUCCCAAGGAGACUAUGAAGAACAAGUUGUUUAUAUUAAUGUAUCUCACAUCAAAGAAGGUCUUCAAAAGACUCAUUUGCUCUAUGAUAGGAAUGGUGAAGAACAUUAUAACAUCAUUUCAGCCCUACACAAAUCAAUAAGGGGGAGUGAUGAAAAUGCAGCUUUGUACUGGCUGGCCAGAAUGCUUGUUGGAGGAGAAGACCCUCUCUAUGUUGCCCGCAGAUUGGUGAGAUUUGCCAGUGAAGAUGUUGGUCUAGCAGAUCCACAGGCCUUGAACCAAGCUGUGGCUGCUUAUCAAGCCUGCCAUUUUAUAGGAAUGCCAGAGUGUGAUGUUAUAUUGGCUCAAGCUGUUGUUUACCUUUCAAGAGCUCCAAAAUCCAUCGAAAUAUAUAAUGCAUACAAUGAGGCCAAGAAGUAUGUGUGCGGUUGGGAGGGUCCUCAGCCAACAGUGCCCUUGCACAUCAGAAAUGCUCCAACUAAACUGAUGAAAAGUUUGGGUUACAGUGCAGGAUACAAGUAUAAUCCUGCAUUUAAUGGACCUGUUGAUCAGAUUUAUUUACCUCCUGAAGUACAAGGUGUUGAUUUCUUUACAUGGAGCAAAAACAAUUCUGGGGGAAAUGAUGUUUAAUUAAGAAAUGCAUUGUUCCACAUCCCAACAUUGCAUUUUUUUUUUCUCAAGGAUAAAGUUACUGGUUAUUUUGAGUAAUUUAAUGUUGUGUUUGUAAAUAGAGUAAGAAAGAUAUGAAGAGUCUCUCACAAGGAAUCAAAUUUCAGACAUUUAGACUUCUGAUUUUUCACCACUGUACUGCAAAGAAUUUGUUUGUAAGUUGGGACAUUUAUUAUGAUUGUGUGACAAGCAUUCUGCAAACUGCCAGUUUCAGGAAUGUCAAAAGCUCUAAACACUGUGUGCCUAAAAAGAACAGGAAAUAUGGUGAUAUUUUGAGCUUGGCUGUUGAAUGAAAAAAGAUGUUCAACUUCUAAAUUUAUUUAGUUGGUAAAAUCUGUACAGUUAUUUGUUCUGUUGUAAGUAUAGUGUGAGACAGA